CUCCCACUGUUGCUAAACAGUAAGGUGUUAAUGGCUGUACAGCAUUUAAAGAAUUAUUUGUUAAUGGAUUUUUACAUUUCUAAAGGAUUAGGUUCCUCAAUGAAUAUAAAAAGCCAGGCAGUUUGACAGGACAAUGACCUUGGCUAAAUGUUUGUUUUUUUCUGCCCCUGUGAUGUGCUCUGAUGAUCAGAGGGGCUGUUAAGAUGCCUGGAGUGGUCAGGGGUCAUCAAAGGGCAGCUGUCCACUAUAAAGGGGCCUGGCUGGAGCUCUGUCUGCACAUAGCAUCAUUUCAGCCUCAGCUCAGCUAGAGGAAGGAGAUCUUUGCCUCUCUCUCUCUCUCUCUGUCUCUCAUUAUUGUUGCAGUAGACUUUGUGAGUUUUAGUUAAAAUGGAUGCUAGAGUCCUGACUGUUUUCGUCACAUUCCUCUUUUGCUCUUCUGGAGUUGUUUUCUCCACUCAGGGGCACAGAUAUCACACAGGACUCGAGGCCAGUUUAGCAUUCAGAAAUCUCUCAACAAGUCAUCGCAGCAGAUACCCUCUGUACAUGAUGCAGCUGUACCGCUCCUUCAGGACGGCUGAUUCCUUGUUGUCAGUACCUGUCAACACCAUCACUACACCGGGCGAAAACGUGUCAGCGCACAGUUCUGACUCCGUCCUAAGUCUGAUGGCCAGAGGUUGCCAUCAAGAGGGUGAAAGAUGGACAGUCACAUUUGACAUGUCGUCCAUCUCUACUAGUGACCUUGUCCAGCUGGCAGAACUUCGGAUCAGACUUCCCGCUUUCUCUGGCUCUGAGCGUGCCACUGUGGAUUUAUAUCACUCCAGGAAGCAGAGCUGUAACCUGGACAGCACUUCAUGCCAGGAUGAGCACCUUUUCCUGGGGAGCUUCGGUACAUCACCCAGCAGCACUAAGUCUUCCUGGAAGGUUUUUAAUGUGACUGCUCUGUUAAAAUAUUGGCUGUACCAGGGAGAUAGAGUGCCGAGCCAAGAGGCCUCAGGAGAACCUGACAUGGACCAUGGGAGCGGUGCUGGGGAUGAAGGGGAGAUUACUGAGUCCCUCUUGGAGAAUUUAGGGUCAAGGCAAAGAAAAAUUCACCAUCCAACCACGAACAGGGUCACAAUGGUCAUCUUCUCCAAACAUAACCUGCCACAGGAAGGCCAUACAGCAUACAGUCUCAUUCAUACUGUGGAGAACUCCAAGUAUGUGACCAGGGACAGAGUCAGCAGUGACGGUCAAAGUCGACGCCACAAAAGGAACAGAAUGGAGAGGUUGAGAGUGGCCGACGGAGCUUCACCUACUGCUGCACCAGCAGCAGCAGAGCCGGCCCAGAGGCCUCUGUGUCGGAAGGUGGACAUGUGGGUGGACUUUGACCAGAUCGGAUGGGACGAGUGGAUUGUGCACCCUAAGCGCUACAAUGCAUAUCGCUGUGAGGGAGAGUGUCCUACACCUCUGGAUGAGUCCUUCCGUCCCACCAACCAUGCAUACAUGCAGAGCCUCUUGCGACAUCACCAUCCAGAAAGAGGGUCUUGCCCGUCCUGCGUGCCAACGCGCCUCAGCCCGCUCUCUAUGCUGUACUACGAGAACGAUGAUUUGGCCCUGCGGCAUCACGAGGACAUGAUUGUCGAAGAGUGUGGCUGUCACUAAAGGCCAGCCCAUCGCCGGUUUCGCUGCAGUCACAAGAACCACUAGCAACGGAGUUUGAACUUUAAUUCAACUGUUUCUCUACUGUCUUCGUGUAGAUUGAGAGUCCUAGUCAUGGCCUUUUUCAACAAACUACAAGAUAUGACUGUUAACUUUGAAUGAUUUUAUCUCAUCCAUACUGGGUGGUACACAAUAGUAUAUAUCUUUAAGAAGAAAGCUCCAUUAUGCAAAUGUUAUAUGUUUUAUCUAUUUAUACAUUAAAAUGUUUAUUUUGUACAUAAAAUAUGAAACAAUAUAUUAAAACAAUUUAUUUUGACAUGA